UCCAGAUCCAAAAUGGUUGAGUACACCGGCUUAGGGGUGGGCAUUCCUGAAACCUGGUCAUUCGUGUCGCUCCAUGUCACAACAUACCAAUGUCACCAUUGGGUGUUUAUCCAUUGCUAUGCAAGAGUAAUGUUUUGUUUCAUUUUAAAAUAUUUGUCUCAUUUCCCCCAUUCACCUGCCAUAUGGCACGGUGCUCUGUUGGCAUGCCUGUGGUUGCCCUGGCCGUGGCUUUGAGUAUGGUGGUUCUGCAGUCACCGAUUGCUUGGACUUCAGUAGUGUGCAGGCAGGCAUACAGCCUUUGUUCUGAGUUGGAAAUAAAUUCGUGUCCUUAUUGAACCUGGGUCRGGCGGGCUCCUUUUAGAAUAAAGCCAAUGUCAGGUUCUAACCCACAACACAGUUUUGAAGUAGCAUGAACUCAGGGGAAAUCCAGCUGCCUCAGCCCCGGCUCCUUCCUUCUUGCCCACAAACUGAAACUGUAACAGGAGAUGUUCCAGGCAGGGCCAGCCCAGCCAGCCAAGCUGUUCCUUCUCUGGAGGGGGAUCCCGUGACCCUGAAGGUCUGGGGCCUCAACACCGCCACCCCCAUCCUUCUCCAGCCUGUGCACUCUCCUUCGGAGGUCCCCCUCCUCCAUCUGCCUUCUCACUGGCGCCUCAGCUCUCCCUGGAGCCUGGAAACCUUGCCCCCGCCCCUUGAAGGCCCCAGCUUAGCGCAGGGCUCUUCCUUUGUCACAGCUCCGCCCAGUUGGGCAUACCCGCUAAGGGAAGGUUCCUCUGUUCCUGCCCCUCCUCACUCUGGGUCUAAGCUGACAGAAAUGAAACAUUGAAAAGCCAGAGUCCUCCCAGCUCGGCUCCGCUGCCCCUCGCUAGAAAUGUGGGCAUCAGAGGCUGGCAGCAUGAGGUGGUCUGUGCCACCCUCCAUCAGGUGCCUGGAUGUGCCUGGCGCUUAGCUGCCCGCCUUCUGAGGCCCCCUGCCCCACCCUGUGCAGCAGGAGACGGGCCAUGGAGACCGGAGGACUUGGCGGCCCCACCGCCCACUCAGAGGGCAGCAGCAGUGGCAGCGAGAGCUCCAGAGAUGGUUCGAGGUGCUCCACCCCCGGCCUGGAUCCCGAGCGGCAUGAGAGACUCCGGGAGAAGAUGAGGCGGAGGAUGGAAUCUGGUGACAAGUGGUUCUCCCUGGAAUUCUUCCCUCCUCGAACAGCCGAGGGAGCUGCCAACCUCAUCGCCAGGUUUGACCAGAUGGCAGCAGGUGGUCCCCUCUUCAUUGAUGUGACCUGGCACCCAGCAGGGGACCCUGGAUCAGACAAGGAGACCUCCUCCAUGAUGAUUGCCAGUACCGCUGUGAACUACUGUGGCCUGGAAACCAUUCUGCACAUGACCUGCUGCCGGCAGCGCCGGGAGGAGAUCACAGGCCAUCUGCACAAAGCCAAGCAGCUGGGCCUGAAGAACAUCUUGGCGCUAAGGGGAGACCCCAUAGGUGACCAGUGGGAAACUGAGGAGGGGGGCUUCAGCUAUGCUGCAGACCUCGUGAAGCACAUCCGAAGUGAAUUUGAGGACUACUUUGACAUCUGUGUGGCAGGUUACCCCAAAGGCCACCCAGACGCAGAGAGCUUUGAGGACGACCUGAAGCACUUGAAGGAGAAGGUCUCGGCAGGCGCCGACUUCAUCGUCACCCAGCUCUUCUUUGAGGCCGACACCUUCUUCCACUUUGUCAAGGCCUGCGCUGCAGCGGGCAUCACCUGCCCCAUCCUCCCCGGGAUCUUCCCCAUUCAGGGCUACUCCUCCCUCCGGCAGCUCAUGAAGCUGUCCAAGCUGGAGGUGCCGCAGGAGAUCAAGGAUGUGAUCGAGCCCAUCAAAGACAACGAUGCUGCCAUCCGCAACUAUGGUAUCGAGCUGGCCGUGAGCCUGUGCCGGGAGCUUCUGGACAGUGGCCUGGUGCCUGGCCUCCACUUCUACACUCUCAACCGCGAGGUGGCCACCACAGAGGUGCUAAAGCGCCUGGGCCUGUGGACUGAGGACCCCAGGCGUCCCCUGCCCUGGGCUAUCAGCGCCCACCCCAAGCGCCGGGAAGAAGAUGUGCGUCCCAUCUUUUGGGCUUCCAGACCAAAGAGCUACAUCUACCGCACCCAGGACUGGGAUGAGUUUCCCAAUGGCCGCUGGGGCAACUCCUCCUCGCCAGCCUUCGGGGAGCUGAGGGACUACUACCUCUUCUACCUGAAAAGCAAGUCCCCGCGGGAGGAGCUGCUGAAGAUGUGGGGGGAGGAGCUGUGCAGCGAGGAGAGCGUCUUCGAGGUCUUCGCACACUACCUCUCGGGGGAGCCAAACCGGCAUGGCCACAAGGUGACCUGCCUGCCCUGGAACGACGAGCCCUUGGCCACUGAGACCAGCCUGAUGAGGGAGGAGCUGCUGCGCGUGAACCAGCAGGGCAUCCUCACCAUCAACUCCCAGCCCAACAUCAACGGGAAGCCGUCCUCUGACCCCGUCGUGGGCUGGGGCCCCAGCGGGGGCUAUGUCUUCCAAAAGGCCUACCUGGAGUUCUUCACUUCCCGCGAGACCGUGGAGGCCCUUCUGCAGGUGCUGAAGAAGUACGAGCUCCGGGUCCACUACCAUAUCGUGGACGUGAAGGGUGAGAAUGUCACCAACGCCCCUGAACUUCGACCCAACGCAGUCACAUGGGGCAUCUUCCCUGGACGGGAGAUCAUCCAGCCUACGGUGGUGGAUCCUGUCAGCUUCAUGUUCUGGAAGGAUGAGGCCUUCGCCCUGUGGAUCGAGAGGUGGGGCAAGCUAUAUGACGAGGAGUCCCCGUCCCGCAUGAUCAUCCAGUACAUCCACGACAACUACUUCCUGGUCAACCUGGUGGACAAUGAGUUCCCGCUGGACAACUGCCUGUGGCAGGUGGUAGAAGACACAUUCGAGCUGCUCAACAGGCCUGCACAGAGCGAGAGGGAGUCAGAAGGUCUAUGACCUUGCGUCCUGACAGCCAUGGCUUGGCCACUGGUAUCCAGCCAUCCCCCCCCCCCCCCCCGCAUCCUGGCUCUCCUUUAUCCAAAGCCUGGGCCUCUUCACCCCCCUGAUGAUGGUGACUAGGCCGAUGUGAGGCUUCCAGGCUCUGGCUGGACCUGAGGCAGUGGCACAGGGGAGCCUGGUGCUCCCUGGUCUAGCCAGGGUCGGGGUCAGUCUCUGGUGAGAGCACUGCCACCCUGCAGGGGAGCACGGUGGCGCACACCACCUCCCUGAGGAAGCGGGAGACUGGUGGUUGCAUCUGAGCCCUCACACCAGGGAGCCUGUGGAUCCAGCUGGGACUCCAGUGAACUUGUACUUGGGCCUGUGUAAGAUGGGCAGAGAGACCACGGGUGACAGGCACUGUGGCAUUGAGGACACUUGGCUAAGUGAAGGGGCUGCACCCUUGCACCUCUAGAUGCUGGCAGCAGCCCCACCUGUGAUUAUAGGGGAAGACCUCGCACAUGGCAGGCCACGCCAGGCCCUGGACAGCCUUGGCCGACCCCUGACGACCAGGCACUGCUGCUCUUGACCGCCUACUGUUUGAAACCCUCGUCUGUGUUCUGAGGGCUUGAGAAACAGUGCCCUUGAAGGGUUCAAGUCUGUCCUAACCCUUGUGCUUUCUGGGCCCGUUGCCUUCUCUCCUGUCCCACUAACUGUCAGAGGCAAAGAUGAGACGCCUGAGCAGGCCCCGGUCUCCCUGGCUUAUUUUUAGGCAAGUGCUUCUCCUGCCAGCUGCCCGCCCUCUGCUCACCCUGGCCCAGAAGCCACUCUGGCACUCCU